AUGGCCACGACUCAGUACGGAAAGCGCUUGAUCCCUCAGGUGCUCGACGAGAUCGCCAAGUCAGACCCUCACGCCGAAGUCCUCUCAGUUCCCCGCUCAUCCAACCCCAAAGAUGGAUGGAGGAAGAUCACCUAUAAGCAGCUCGCCAACGCGGUGAACCGCAUAGCUCACAGAAUUAUCGACAAGAGGGGCAAGCCUGAACCCGGAAGCUUCCCUACUCUCACCUACAUCGGCCCCAGCGAUGCCCGCUACAUGAUUGUCAUGAUUGCCUGUAUCAAGGCUGGAUACAAGGCGCUCCUGAUCUCCCCCAGGAAUUCGCAUGAGGGCCAGAUGAACCUUUUCGAGAAGACGGACUGCAACAUCAUCUGCUUCGACUCAUCAUUCAAGGAUGUCAUCCAGCCCCUUUUGGAAGAACGCCAGAUGGAUGCCAUCAUGGUGAGCUCCGCCGACGCCUGGCUCGACGAGACGGAAGUCCCCCACUUCCCUUACGAUAAGACCUUCGAGGAGGCUAAGAUGGACCCCGUCGUCGUUCUGCACACGAGUGGUAGCACCGGCCUCCCGAAGCCCAUCGUCGCUCGUGUGGGCAUGUGUGCAGUUGCCGAUGCAUUCCACGACCUUCCGGAUUUCAUGGGUUCCGAGAACUGCAUCAAGUCUAUUAUGCUUGGCGAGCGCAUCUUCCUGCCGAUGCCCCUAUUCCACGCCGCCGGAUGCUACAUGUCCACCUUUGCCGCCAUCUACUGGAAGCACCCUGUCGCGUUGGGCUUCAUCGACCGUCCUCUUACACCCCAGACCGUCUUGGACGCUGUUGAAUACGCCAAGAUCGACAACAUCAUCUUGCCUCCUGCCAUUCUUGAGGAGAUGGCUCACAUGCCUGAGGGUAUCGAGGCUCUCAAGAAGCUUAAGCGUGUGAACUUUGGCGGUGGUAACCUCGCACGCGAGGCCGGCAACAUCCUCACCAAGGCUGGCGUCAAGGUCUGCAGUGUCAUCGCCUUCACUGAGGCCGCUCCCCUCCCGUACUUUUUCCAGAAGAACUUGGACCUCUGGCAAUGGUUCAUCGUCGACUCUGAGCGCUUAGGUGUUGAGUGGCGCCAGGCCAGCGGUGAGGAUGAGGACAUCUACGAGCAGGUCAUCGUUCGUAAGGAGAAGGAGGAUCCUCUCCAGGGUAUUUUCUACACCUUCCCUGACGCCAAGGAGUACUCCACCAAGGAUCUCUACCGCAAGCACCCUACCCUUCCCAACCACUGGAUGUACUACGGCCGUGCCGACAACAUUAUCGUCUUCUCCAACGGUGAGAAGUUGAACCCGGUCACCAUUGAGGAGAUCGUUACCGGUCACCCGAGAGUCAAGGGUGCCGUUGUUGCCGGAGCUAUGCGCUUCCAGCCGCUGCUCAUUAUCGAGCCCAUGGAGGACCUCAAGACGGAGGAGGAGAAGGAGAAGUUCAUCGACGAUGUCUGGCCCCUGGUUGUCAAGGCGAAUAAGGAAACUGUUGCACAUGGCCAGAUUGGUCGCCAGUUCAUCGCUGUCACCACUCCCGAUAAGCCAUUCCCUCGCGCCGGUAAGGGUACCAUCCAACGUCCUAUGGCUUUGAAGCUGUACAAGGAGGAGCUCGACGAGUGGUACCAGAAGGCCGAGGACGGAUCCGACUCCGUUUCCGUCCACAUCGAUGUCAGCUCCCAGCAGACCCUCAUCGACUCCAUCGAGAAGCUCUUCCAGCAGACUCUCGGCAGCAGGGCUCUCUCCGCCGAUUCCGACUUCUUCAGUGCCGGUAUCGACUCUAUGCAGGUUAUCAACGCCUCCCGCCUCCUCCGCAAGGGUCUUGAGGUUGCCGGCGCCAACAUUACCGCCGACGCCAUCGCUACCCGUGUCAUUUACGCCCAUCCCACACCCAGACAGCUGGCUUCUUACCUCUUGGACCGUGUCAGAAAGAACACUGGGGUCAACGGCGAAGAUGAAUCUGAAGGCCCCAACCAUGACAUCGCCGCCAUGGAGGCCCAGCUUCAGAAGUACACCCGCGACCUGCCCCAGAAGCAGGGCAACAAGCCCGGCCCCAAUGACCAAGGCCAGACUAUCCUCAUCACCGGUACCACGGGUGCUCUCGGCUCUUACAUGCUCGACUUCAUGGAGUCCAACCCUGCCGUCAAGAAGGUUGUCUGCCUCAACCGUAGCGAGGACAGCGAUAAGCGCCAGGUCAAGAUGAGCGCCGAGCGCGGCCUCAAGACCGAUUUCAAGAAGGCCGAUUUCCUUUGCGCCGACAUGUCCAAGAGCAACCUCGGCCUCGAGCCCGAGGUCUACGACAGGCUGCUCAAGGAGGCCGACCGCGUCAUCCACAACGCCUGGCCCGUCAACUUCAACAUCUCCGUCGAGACCUUUGAGCCUCACAUCCGCGGUGUCCGCCACUGGGUCGACUUCUCCCUGCGCGCCGCCAAGAACGUCCCCAUCAUCUUCAUCAGCAGUAUCGGCACUGUUGACUCCUGGCCUGGUCCUGGCCCUGUUCCUGAGAACAGACUCAUGGACCUGUCUCUUCCCAGUACCGGCUACGGACGCUCCAAGAUGGUCAGCUCCCUAAUCCUCGACGAGGCUACUCAGCGCUCUGGUGUUCCUACCGCCAUCGUCCGUGUCGGCCAGGUCGCUGGUCCUCAGUCCAAGUCUGGUGUCUGGAACCGUCAGGAGUGGCUGCCGACCAUCGUCGCCAGCUCCGCCUACCUUGGUCUCCUGCCCAAGGACCUUGGCGCCAUGGGUCUGGUGAACUGGACUCCCAUCGAGGGCAUUGCCAGUCUCAUUCUUGAGGUCUCCGGUAUCGCCGAGCCUGUUCCCCUGCAGAACAUCAGGGGUUACUUCCACGGUGUGAACCCGCGCACCGUCGAGUGGGAGAAGCUUGCCGAGGCGGUCAAGUCGUUCUACGGCGACCGCAUCAAGAAGGUCGUCUCCUUCAAGGAGUGGGUCAAGGCUCUGGAGGAGAGUGCCUCUUCCACCGACGACGUCGACAAGAAUCCUGGUGUCAAGCUUCUUGACUUCUACCAGGGCCUGGCUUACAGCGGAGGAAAGGGUGUCGACUUCUCGAUGGAGCGCACUGUGAAGCACAGCAAGGCGAUGAAGGAGAUGCAGGCCGUCACGCCUGAGCUGAUGCAGAACUGGUGCAGACAGUGGGGGUUCUAA